AUGAUUGAAGAUCUAGGCAAACUUUGUAAUCUUCGUGGGAAAUUAACUGUUUCUGGGCUAGAAAAUGCUGGUAAUGGGCUUGAUGCUACAUUGGCCAAUAUGAAAGGAAAAAAGCAUCUUGAAGAUCUGUCGCUAGAAUGGAAUGGCACUGCUGAUGAUUCUCAAGAGGCAAUAGAUAUUCUUCAAAAGCUACAACCUAGUUCAAGAAUAAAACGUCUUGAAGUCAAAGGAUAUGGAGGGACAAGAUUUCCGGACUGGCUUGCAGACCAGUCAUUCCACAACGUCGUAUCAGUGAUCCUCUCCAGAUGUUCAAAUUGCUUUUGCUUACCAGCUCUCGGGCAGCUGCCUUCUUUGAAGUUUCUCACAAUUGCCGAUAUGGGUAAAAUUUCAAUAAUCGACAUGCAGUUUUAUGGGAAUGGUUCUGUCUUUGAAAUAUAUCAAUCUCUCCAAAUAUUGAGAAUUGAAGAAAUGCCUGAAUGGAAGGACUGGCUUGUGCCCAGAAAGGGUGUGUUUUGUGGCCUUCAAGAGCUCCACAUAAUUAAUUGCCCUAAGUUGGUUGGUGAUCUUCCCAAGCAGCUUUUGUCAUUGAGAGAAUUUGAGCUUUCUGGAUGCCCAGGUCUUGUACUUUCAGAUGGUCGAUUCAGUAUGUUUAAUUCCUUGGAUCUCUAUUCUCUCAAGAUAUUGAAAAUCUUCAAUAUGCCCAGUUUGGAGGACUUCACAUCUGAGCUCAAAAAGUUAACUGGUCUUGAAGACUUUGAGAUUGGGAAUUGUCCAAGAUUGACAUCUAUUUGGUCCAUGCCCCUUGACAUGGGGCGCCUGCCAGCUAGCUUGAAAACCCUUAAAAUAUCUGGAUGUCCGCAAUUGCAGUUCCUUCCAAAGGAUUGCUUCUUUGGGUCCCUCGAGCAAUUAAGGAUAAGAGAGGCUGGUGCUGGUGACACGCUGAAGGACCUCUCACUUGGUUUGCUACAGAAGAUUCGUGAUCUUGAAAUUCAAGACUGUGAAGGCUUGGAGUCGUUGUCAUUUGAACACGGGAGUGAAAAUCUUGCAUCACUUGGUUCCAUUUUAUUAUGGGGCUGUGGAAAUCUGAGGUCUUUCCUGCAAGAAGGAUUGCCUGCUGCAAACCUAACGUGGAUAAUGCUCUAUGGCUGCAAGAAACUCAAGUUACUGCCAAAAGGGAUGCGAUCGCUCCUCCCAUCUCUUCGACUUUUGUACAUGUGGAAUUGUCCCGAAAUUGAAUGCUUCCCAGAAGAGGGUUUGCCUUUCAGCCUGGAAACCCUUGAAAUCUACAACUGCGAAAUACUGAUGAGCAGAAGAAGGGAGUGGAAUCUGCAGACCCUUCCCUCCCUCAGAGAACUCAUGAUUGGUGAAACCCAUGAGCAGUUGUUUCCUGAUGAUUGGUUGCUGCCUUCAACUCUCAGAGUUCUUCGCAUAUAUUUUCUUCACAAUCUGGAAGCACUGAAUUAUAAGGGCCUUAAACAGCUGAUAUCUCUUGAAACUCUGUGCAUUUGGGGAUGCCAUCACCUGCAGUCGCUGCCUAAAGAGGGGCUUCCAAGAUCUCUCUCGCAACUCAUAGUCUAUGACUGUCCAUUGUUAAAACCCCAUUUAGAUUGCGCAACUGGCCAAGACUGGCGCAAGGUUGCACACAUCUCCUGUUUAAUGGUGGAUGGUGAAUUUGUCCCGUGA